AACAAAAACUCAAAAUGUCUUCGCAGCACUUGGAAAAUUUAGAAGGUUAUUUGGAAUUAUUUAUUGAGAAUGUUCGACAAUUAGGUAUCAUUGUAAGUGAUUUUCAGCCUCAAGGUCAGACAAUACUUAAUCAAAAGAUUACCCAGAUGGUGACUUACAUGCAAGAGAUAGAGAAAUGUAAGAGUCAAGUGCAAGAUAUUCAAGUGCCUCUGGAGGUUUUUGAAUACAUUGAUCAGGGACGCAACCCCCAGCUUUACACCAAGGACUGCAUGGAAAAGGCAUUGAAUAAGAAUGAAGUUGUCAAGGGCAAAAUAGAUGCUUACCGGCGCUUUAAGAGCCUGUUGCUGGUGGAACUAAGCAAAGUGUUUCCCAACGAGAUGGCCAAGUAUCGAGCCAUUCGUGGAGACGACAGACCAUCCUGAGGUGAUCUCUGAUGACAAGUCAACCGUUGCGCUAAUUAUUUGUAUGUAAUAUAUCUUGUAUAAGCUAUUUGGUGUGUAUUUAUUUGUCAACAUUGUUGCAUUUGAAAUAAAGUUUUAAUUACAAUUUUAAUGUCCCAGUUU